CAAAGGCUCUCUGGACAGGGCGAUGGAGACGGAGGGUUGUUUGUCUUUUUCCUCUCAGCCAAACAGGACAACGCCAGAAAAUUCACCUAGUUUGGAGCAUAGUUCCGGAUCUUUCUUUCCCUGCGAUGAGCUCCAAAAAGUUCCGCACCUUCCUCACCCGCAUCGGCUCGGUUUGCGGGGCGACUUUUACAACUCACCGAAUGUCGGACGUUUUCCAGACGACUCCGCGGACUUUACGCACGGCGUCCCAGGCUCGAACGCCCGGGCAUCGCCAGGAAAGCACAACAAAUAUCUGGAAAAUAUUCAGGAUCAAAAAAACCUAUCUUUAAGUGGAAAGGCGUCAUUUUAUGAAAAUAACCCAGAAGGAGAGAAAUCUCUGGCCAAGCCACUGGGUUACCCUGCACUGGACUCAGACUGCUGUGGAAAACUCAAAGAGCAGCCCAACGGGGGACUCCAUCCGGGGGACUCCAUCGCUGACUCCAUCGACCUGUCGAGCAAGAACAAGAAACGGCGCAACCGCACCACCUUCAGCACCUUCCAGCUGGAGGAGCUGGAGAAGGUCUUCCAGAAGACCCACUACCCAGACGUGUAUGCCCGCGAGCAACUCGCUCUGCGAACCGAACUCACCGAGGCGAGAGUGCAGGUUUGGUUCCAGAACCGGCGAGCCAAGUGGAGAAAGCGGGAGCGCUACGGGAAGAUCCAGGAGGUGCGGAAUCAUUUUGCUGCCACUUAUGAUAUCUCCCUCUUACCUCGUUCCGAUACAUACCAGAUGCAGGGCAACCUGUGGCCGGGGGGAGCAGGUACAGGAGGGGCCGGUGCGCCCGGCGCAGGGUGCGUCCUGGGGCCGGACAACAUGUCGUCGUCCUGCAUGACGCCCUACUCCCAUCCUCACGGCAACCUCCCGGGCUUCAUGGGCAUGUCUGCGUCUCCCAGCCACCCGCACCACCACCACCCGCACCACCCGGGUAUCAAUGGCCUCUACUCACUGCACAGCUUUCCAGGGGGCCUGGGGGCCCACUCCUUCGAGGCCAGUCCCGAGUCUGAAUACAAGCCUUCAGGCCUGGUGGCGCUGCGUAUGAAAGCCAAGGAGCCCGGCAGCCUUCUGUCCUGGCCAACAUGACCGCAGGGCUGAUCCUCGUCUCCGUUCGGACUGAGCCGCCGUGGACCCAUGCAUACCAACAUUCCAGCGCACAUAGAGCACACACAAGUGUGUGCCCCUUAGACGCAAUCUAUGCUCAUCCCUCCUACACAUAGGACACUCUCAGUACGUGUGCGCGCAUGCACAGACUCACUCCCUCUCACGCACACGCACACGCACACACACACACACACACACACAAGAGUGAUUUUUGGACCACAGAACUACCCCAGAAUAGAAAAAAUUUAUCAUUUUGCAGUCUUUUCUAGUUUUUACAAUUCUUAUAUGUUGGUCUGCAUUAUGGAGCUACUAGGUGUAAAGAUUUGUUAUCACUUCCCAACAGCGUCUAGUUUUCUGGUUUGAACAUCUGAAAAGCUUCAGUUUUCUGCGAUCAAGUGAGCCAUUGUAAAUCUUGCACAAAACAUGCCUUAUUGUCUAAAAUGAUGCUGAUUCCUUCAAUAUUGAAACUCUUUGCAAGCAUUGUUAAGACCAAAGUAUUAAAAACAUUUGCUAUUUAAUGAUAUAAAUGUUAACUGCAUAUUGUCAAUGUAGAUUGG